CUCUUCAGAAUUUCUCCAACCGCCGUCGAAGGCCAAGGCGAACGGAGUUCUCUACAAAUUACAGCACUUCCAAUCGGAGACGGCCGGUUUCAUUUUUCCAGCCGACUGAACUUCACCAAGAAACGGCCGGAGCAGUUUUCCAUUUCUCUUUCAACUCCGGUAUUUUCUUGUUUUCAAGAAACAUGGACAAUGAAACCCGACGGAGAAUCAAGGAAACGGUGAUUGACUUAUUGAAGAUAUCGAACAUGGAAGAGAUGACGGAGUACAAAAUUCGAGCCGAGGCCGAAAAACGGCUCGGAAUGGAUCUCUCCGAUAUUCAAUGCAAGUGCCUGGUGAGGGACGUGGUCGAGGACUUUUUACAUUCAUUUACGGAACGUGAUGAUAAGGGAAAAGAGGGAGAACCAGGGCCUAGUGAUCGUUACGAGAAUAAAGCGACGGAGCAGGAGAUAGUCCGGAAGAAGGAGAUUAACGCUGAUGUUGACCGUGUGAUUUGCCAGCUAUCUAAUAACAGGAAUGUGACAGUUCAUGAAUUUAAAGGGAACGCUCUGGUAUCAAUUAGGCAGUAUUAUGAAAAAGAUGGAAAACAGCUUCCUGGUAUUAAAGGAAUCAGCUUGACAACUGAACAAUGGUCUGCCUUUAGGAGUAAUAUUCCUGCUAUAGAGGAAGCUAUUUUGCAGAUGAAAAGGAAAAUAAAAAGAUCUGAACACGAUGCUAAUACAAGUGGUGCUGUCUCCGUACCUGCUACUGGGUCUGCUCCUAAAUUUCCAUCUGAAACUAUUCGGUUUGAUGGAAAAAACUACCGGGUAUGGGCACGCCAGAUGGAGUUUUUGCUGCGGCGCUUAAAGAUUGCUUAUGUACUUUCUGAUCAUCGUCCUACUUCCAUGCUUGGACCGGAAUCUAGCUCUGGAAAUACCUCUCGAUCCAAGGCAUCUGAACAGGAAUGGAUGAGUGAUGACCACAUGUGUCGCCACAUCAUUCUGAACUCCCUCUCCGAUAGUCUUUUUCAUAAAUACACGAAGAGAACAAUGAGUGCCAGAGAACUCUGGAAGGAGCUAAACUCACUUUAUCUUUGUGAUUAUGGAACCAGAAGAUCUCAAGUUAAAAAAUAUCUGGAAUUCAGGAUGGUCGAGGAGAAGUCAAUAUUAGAACAAGUUGAAGAACUUAAUAACAUUGCUGAAUCCAUUAUUUCAGCUGGAAUGCGGAUUGAUGAGGAUUUUCAUGUUAGCGCCAUUAUUUCGAAGCUUCCACCCUCUUGGACAAAUGUCUUUGUGAAGUUAAUGCGUGAGGAGCAUCUUCCCUCUGUGGUGUUGAUAGAUCGAUUGAGGAAUGAAGAAAAACUACGUACACAGCAAAACUCACAUCGCUCAGGAGGCGAACGUCCUUGCAUGAAUCACAGGCGAAAAAUGGGAGACCAAAUGUCCCAAAGCCUACCGUCGAGGAAAAGGGAAUGGAAAAUGGAUGUCAAAACUUUACUCUGCUUGAAUUGUGGCAAGGAAGGACACAUAUCUCGAGAUUGUCCGAGUAGUAAGUAGGAAAGUCGAUAAUGAAGUAGCUCAUUAAAGAACACAGCAGUAUCCUACUGAGAAUCUGUCAAGCGCUUAGGGGGCUUUCAAAGUGCGAAAUCAAGGUUCUAAGCGAUGAUUUUUUUUUUUUCCUUCGUAGGAACCACUUUAAGGAAGAUCAUUGGAGAGGUCUGACUAUAAUCUACUGUAAGUUGAUAGCUUCCUACUGGAAUGUAUAAUGAGAAGAGAUGAUGAAUCCAUAAUCUCCUAGUUUGAUUAAAGAUGAGCUUGUUAAUUAUCACCGUUCUGCAGUGUUGUUAGGGUUAUUAUCAGGAUAGAUGUUAGAAAUAGUAGGUUAAAUUAUACCCUUAAAUUUUGGGUUAGGUUUAAAUUAUGCACCUGGACUUUGAAAAGCUUCA